AUGCAUCUAUCGCGUCUCCUUCUCGCGGUCUCCGGCGUGACCGGGGCCGUCGCCCUCCGUGACCACCCCUUGAUGCGCCGGGCCGAUGACAACGCCCCGGAGACGGCCGUGAACAAGACCACGGUUGAGCCGAAGCGCUUCAUCGUCGAGUUUAAUCAGGGAGCUGAUGCCUCCGCCGUUGCCGACAACAUCGCCAAUCAGCACGGCGCAAAGGUGCUUCGGGUAUUCAAGAGUGACGUCUUUACCGGCGCGGCUGUCGAGACCGAUGUCGAGAACAUCGACUCGCUGCAGGCGCUUGAGCCUAUCAAACAGGCGUGGCAGGGACGAAAGUACAAGCUGGCGCCCAGCGCGCCUCUGGCGUCCUUCAGCGAGAAUGCGACGGCCAUCGGCUAUGAUGUCCACCACAUGACGGGUGUCGACAAGUUGCAUGCUGCCGGUGUUCUGGGCAAGGGCGCCAAGGUUGCUGUGGUCGAUACCGGUAUCUGGUACACCCAUGAGGCUGUGAGUGACGAUCGAACGUCGGAGAUCUAG